UACCUCACCUCCCUACACGAAAACUGCAGCAUCCAAACGUAGAUUUUAAUACCUACUGGGUGACUGGCAGAGACAAAAGUGCUUCUAGACUGUGCAUGGAGGGAGCGUUCUGUGUAGUGGUCUUGGAGAAUUGCCCAGAAGAGUUAACAUUUAAUCCAGGUGGAAAGUGAGAAAUGGCUGUUGGACCGGACAGUUAAGACACUGCUGGGGCCAUCUGCAUCCCAUAUAGGAGUGCCUGGGUUUAAGUCCCGACUCUACUUCUGAUUCCAGCUUCCUGCCAAAGUGCACCUUUGGAGGCCACAGGUUCAAGUAAUGGGCUCCUGCCACCCACAUGGGAGACUGGAUUGAACUCCCAGCUCCUGGUUUCAGCCUGGCCUAGCCCUGGCCGCUGCCGGCAUUUGGAGAGUGAACUAGUAGAUGGAAAAUAGUAUCUAUUUUUUCUCUCUCUCUCUUGUUCUCUUCCUCUCUCUCUCUCUCUCAAAUAAAUAAAAUACAUAAACCAUAAAAAUGUUUUUAGAAGUCCAGGUCAGCUGAUCCCACCCUCUGGUAGAGACUGUGCGCAGCAGAUGCUGGGGCUGCUGCCAAGGACCCAUGACAGAGCCAUGCUGGGCAGGUGCACCGGGCCCCCUCCACAACUCGGUGCCAUCCAGGGAGCAUGGGCUUUAUGCUGAAGGCUCCUUGGCAGGAAGCCAGCAGGCUGUAGAGGGGUGAAGAUGAGGGGAAGGGACCCCUUGUCCUCCCCAGGAGAAGGAGACUGGGCCCUGGCCCAGAGCUCCCUCCAGGCUUCACUCUUCACCUCUUGUUUCCCAAUCCAGUCCACACAAUCUGCUAGUAUUUAAAACAGACUUCAACGGGACAGAGCCCCCAACAGCCCGGUGCCGGCUGCGUUUCCUCCGGGGUGGAGGGGCCGCCUUCAUGGUAAUGAUCUGGGUCCUGAAACAGUUCCAAGAGGCAGCAGGACAUUGAAACAAGUGGUAUUUCCUCUUUUUAUGAUGGUUUCAUUUUACAUGUUUAUUGGUUCUCCACUGAUUGCUCCCGGGCUCUCUGACGGGAUGUGAGAUGCGCUGACAUUUAUAGAAAUCAAUACAUUAAUAAAUCACGAAGUUCAUAAUGUCUGAUUUGCUUCUAAAUGAGACAGAACUAUUAUCACCAUAAAGUUGCACAUAAAAUAUGCCCAAUUGUGAUGUAUUGUGUAGUCUAAUCAAAGGCAUUUGAGUGAAUAACCUUUCCCCCAAAGAAGGAAACAAUCAAAGCUGAAUAACUUCAUUAAUAAUUCAAGGUGUGUCUGCCAAGGCUUCAUUUAUUAAGUGCAUAGUUAGCAGGCUUCGGAGCCAAGUUCUGGAGAGGACGGCACCUUAGCACCUUGUCCCACCUCGGGCAAGCGGACACAGUUCUCAGGUGGGCUGACCACCCAUCUUGCACUUGGCAGCGCGUGUUCCAAGUGAGGGCAACGUCCAGCUGCCUUCACCAGCUAGGGAAUGGACCAAAACAAUAUUCCCAUUCUCCGUCUGGAUUACCAAGGGCAGAGGACACGGAGCCGUGGAACAACUCUAGGAGGAAUGAGGCAGGAAACGUUCUGUCUUGGCUUCUGGUGUUUCCACCCGCAGACAGCCCGCCCUGUUCCAUGCAAGGCACUCUCCAAACUGAGGUGGCAAUGCUCUUUCAUGCAAUGCCCAGGAUCUGCUUGUGGCUAUCACAGCAGAAAGUCUUCCUAUACAGGAAGCAGCACAUUUAAUUAACCAGAUCCAGCAGAAAAGGCUUGUGACCUAGACAAUCUGAAAGGCACAUCUGCUGGGUUUCUACUGUUGAGAAUGACCCCGACAGUCAGAGUCAGAGCACACAGGAAGAUGGCAGUAGCAUUGUUGAGCACCUACUGAAUGCACAGAGCACUUUGCGUAUAUUAUCUCUGAUAGAUUUACGGCCCAAGAAGUGUAUGCCUACAGCUUGAAUUAGUCUCAUAACCAUAUACCUCCUAGGGACAGAGAAAUGAUGAGAUCAAUUUUAAAACUAUUACCGCGCUCUCUGAGCUCACCAAGACAGGCACUUAAUUCAAGGGCGCAUUAAUACUGAAUCCAGCAAAAACUCACUUGGCCAACUUCCAUUCCUUCCUGUUUGUGACUGUGUGAUAUGAUAAAUGGAGGUUUGUGUUCACACUAACAACAAAGAAAGGGUUUAUUAGCUUGGAUUACAGGGGCUAAUCCUACCCAGUGAAAGUGCUUUCUGGGCCUCUAGCACACUAAUUGGGAGAGUUAACCACAUGCCAGCUAUUCCAAAACAGCAGUGACAGUACCACAGAGCAGAGUCAUACCAGGGGAUUGUCCUGCCUGAAACAUAAUCACGUCACUUCACCUGUUGGCACCGUCAGCUUGAACUUGGAGAAUGGCAUCCCUCGAGAGCCAGUCGUCACAUAUUUGUUAUCGCACCCUCUCCACGGCGGGGGAAAAACCCUACUUCUCCACUGGAAACCAUCACUUAGCAAGGUGUCCAAUCACCUUCCUAGCAGUGAACUACUCAUCGGUAAGCAGCAGCCUGGAAUGUGGCCCUUCUCACCUAGAUCCAGGGACUAGAAAAUUCCAUGCUAACCUCAGAUAAACCCUACUCAGGUGGCAAUUUCACUUUUCCCUUAAGCAAUUCCUUCCUCUCUCUCUCUCUGCAGCUUCACUUUCCGAUCUUCCAUCUGAAAGUGUCCUUCCUCCUUGGAAGCUCAUUUCAGGACCUGUUGAGAGGGAUCACAAAAUCCCAUUCACCUGGUCCUCCUAGUUCCUGCAGGAUGUUCUGUGCCCACAGGCCCUCUCUUCCCAGCACGGGUCCAAGGUUAACUGCUGUCUCCUUGUGCUGGCGCUUCUGGGUGAUGUCCUGCUGAGUGCAAAGGAGAAACGGUGGGAGGUUUCUCUACUGCGGGCUUCCUUGGACUAAUUGUGUUGGACUACCCAAGAGCUGCAGAGAUCACUGGAGUUCCCGACAUAAAUCAAACACUUUCACCCCUGGGGGACUUUUGCCAGGCAAAACGGUCCACUCUAAAUAGUAUCCAAAGAUUUCUUCCAAUGCCGGAAAUGCUGCCGGGACCUGACAGCUCUACCUGGCAGCCUGGCCAGGGGCUCAGCCGGGCUAGGAGGCUGCUCAGGAGGCCAGGGCACAGGAGAGUCCCUAAACUGUGUGUUCUGCAUCUUGUCCUGAAACUCCUCUUAGAGCUCCUUCUUGCCCCAACCAGGAAUCCAGAUAACGCUUUUCCCAGCCAUUUCUUUGCUUUCCCAAUCUUGGUGAAAAACACACGAAUGUAACACUGUCACACAGUAAACAAAAUUGACUUACAUCACAAUCAGAGUAGUGAUGUGGUGGGCUUGUAAUAGUUGUGUUACCUUUCUGACAGCUGAUUUCCAACACCACGCCCUCCUGAGAAGCUGCCCAAAGGACAUUUGACACAUGACUGCUUAGACGCUGAUCUAAAAACCACCCCAGUUGAGAGAGACAGAGCAGUGAACUGAAACACAUUGUAUAUUGAGCCUUGAAAAUCUUCCAUCUAAUGAAAUAGCAGCACUCAAAAGAUUUUUUUUUUUUUUUGGGUAGGACUCUGCUUUUUUCAGAGCAUUUUCAGUUCUAAGGUGUAAAUGAAAGAAAUGUAUGAAUUCAAUUUUGCUUAAAAGGGGCAGCAGGGGUUUCAAGAUUAAGAGAACAGAUGCUUGAAGCAAAACAUGAUUUGAGUUUUAUUGAACCAAGAAGACUGAAAAAAUAUCUGGAACACUCAGAAAAUCUUUAUCAAGGCUCAGCUCAGCACUCCCGGGACUCAUGGUUAAGUACAUAACAUUCAGAGUGGAUGAGUUGUGUGCACUGUGUGUGUCUAAGUGGGUUUAAGACUCACCCUACACCUCCGCUCCAGGGAUCUUAAGCUUGAAGGCUUCAGCAUCUAAUGAGACAUUUUUCCCCCUCGGCUCCAGGAAGCAUCAUCAAGGAUCUUCACGCCGGAUUACAAUGGGGGAAGUUGUCAGUCAGUACUAAAUUCAUCCACAGCAAACCAAUCUACCAUGUUUAAAGGGACAGCAAAGAUUACAUUUUCAAAAGUCAACAUGCCGUCAUGAAUAUGGUCUCUAAUGGAACUAACGCAGUUUAGGCAACAUUGACGAUGAGCCACUGGAAAUCCAAGAAAAAACUAUUUCAAGAGAUAGCACAACAUUCUGUGCUUGUCAUGCAUCCUGCCAUGCAAAUUAUCUGCACUCAAAUAUGUCGUGCUCAUUUAAAUUCCCCUCUGGGCACAGUUUUCAUAACACCCCACAAGUUUUGGUAUGUUGUAUUUUCAUUAUGCUUCAGUUCAAGAUGCUUUCUAAUUUCCAAGAAAUUGCUUUUUUGAUGCAUGGGUUACAUAGAAAUUGGAACUGUGUUGCUUGAUUUCCAAACAUUUCAAAAUUUUCUGGUUUUCUUUUUGCUGUUGUUAUCUUGCUUAAUUCUACUCUGGACAGAACUAUUCUGGUUGACUUUGAUUCUUUGAGCUUUGUUAAAGUUGCCUUUAUGGUUUAGGAUUUGGUAAAUGUCUCUGUGCACAACGUAUAGUAUUCUAUGAUUAUUGAGUACCAAACUCUCUGUGAGUUUGCAUCCAAGUCCAAGUUUGUUUGUUGUGUUUCUAAGAUCUCCUAUACCCUUGUUGAUUUUUUUUCUGCUUGUUUUAUCAAUAACUAAGAGAGGUGCUUUUAAAUCUCCAAUGAUUAUUGUGAACUUAUUUCCUCUCUUUAGUUCUGCCAGUCUUCGCUUUAGCUGUAUUUUAAGCUAUAUUAUCAGUGCAUACUAAUUUAGAAUUGCUCCCCCUUCCUAGUGGGUAGACUCCUGUGCUAUGAAAACUUCCUGUUUAGCAAAGCUUCUUGACCUUUAAUUCCUGCUUUGUGGGAUAUGAAGAUAGCCUUGUCACCUUUUCUUGAUUUGUGCUUGCAUGGUAUGUCCUUGUCUUCUAUUUUGCUUCUACCCUUCCUGUGGCCUUAUGCUUGCACGCAGCAGUUAGUUACGGUUUGUGUGGGGAGCAAACCGGACUAGACUGAGUUACUGGAAUUAAGACUUAUUCUAUGCAUCUGCUCUCCCACAAUAUGGCGCUGGGAGAGAAGUAAACAGCUUCCGCACAGCUGCCUCCAGUUCAGCUAAUAAACUGUAGGACUUGCUCCUGAUUGGAGGAGAGCAGCGUACUCGGCGUGUGGGCAGCCGAGUUGGGAUUGGCGGAGGAGGACUAUAAAGGAGGAGAGAGACGGCAUGCACCGGGAACAUCUAUGGGGAACAUCUAUGGGGAACAUCUAGCUGAAGGAACACCCGUGCAGCCCCCCCGAGAAAGCCGGCCGGCGGUGUGCCGCUCCCCUGCGGAAGUGGGGAAUGUGGCCAGGGGGAACUGCCCUUCCACGGAGGUGGAAGGGAUAGUAGCCAACCCGGGAAGAACCAGCAGCAAACCCGGGGAGGGCCGAGCAGACAAAAGAACAGCGCAGGGUCCAGUGUUGCUCCUCCACGAAGAGGGGGAGCGACAGUUUGCUUUCCCUCUGAUGGUUUUUAUCUUACAGUAAAGAUUUUCUAUUUGCGUAUUUCAGCAGCUUUACCAUGUGGUUGUGUUUUUUCUGUUUGGGGUUUGUGGUGCUUUUGAAUAUGUGGCUUGAUAUAUUUCACCCAUAUUUUAAAAUUCUAAUUCAUUAUCUCAUUUUUUUAAGGUUUUCGUUUAUUUAUAUGAGAGGCAGAGUUACAGACAGAGAGGGAGACACAGAAAGAGAGGUCUUCCACCCUCUGCUUCAUUCACAAAAUGACUGCAAUGGCCAGAGCUGGGCCGAUCUGAAGCCAGGAGCCAGGGACUUCUUCCAGGUUCCCCACGCAGAUAAGAUUGAAGAUGAGCUAGAGAUGACCAUGGUCUGCCAUCGGCCUGAGGGACUGGAGCAGCUGGAGGCCCAGACCAACUUCACCAAGAGGGAGCUACAAGUCCUUUACCGAGGCUUCAAAAAUGAGUGCCCCAGCGGUGUCGUCAACGAAGAAACUUUCAAGCAGAUCUACGCUCAGUUUUUCCCCCACGGAGAUGCCAGCACAUACGCCCAUUACCUCUUCAAUGCCUUCGACACCACCCAGACAGGCUCCGUGAAGUUCGAGGACUUUGUAACUGCUCUGUCGAUUUUGCUGAGAGGAACUGUCCAUGAGAAACUCAGGUGGACAUUCAAUUUGUAUGACAUCAAUAAAGACGGAUACAUAAACAAAGAGGAGAUGAUGGACAUUGUCAAAGCCAUCUACGACAUGAUGGGGAAAUACACAUAUCCCGUGCUCAAAGAGGACACUCCCAGGCAGCACGUGGACGUCUUCUUCCAGAAAAUGGACAAAAAUAAAGAUGGCAUCGUGACUUUAGAUGAAUUUCUUGAAUCCUGUCAGGAGGAUGACAACAUCAUGAGGUCUCUCCAGCUGUUCCAAAAUGUCAUGUGACCAGGGACACAGCCACCCAGCUCUCAGAGACACUGGACUAAACAACCACCCAAACACCCCGAUCUUCCCUCUUUCUGAGUUUAUACACCAACUCUUGGGACAACAAGCCCUUUUACACUUUGGAAGAAUUCUCUGCUGAAGACUUUCUACGGAGGCCAGCACCACACGGCCCCGUCUCUGAUCGCCAGCUCUUCCUCCUCCCUCUUGCCGAGAGACACAAGGUGAAGUUCGAGUUUGUUUCCGAAGCAUGCCCACCUCUUCACACUGCUGCCCUCUGGAAAGUCCCUCUGCUUGAGCUUAAAUGCAGCGCACAACUUUCUGCUUCCAGACCCCCCAGCUCACUGCCUCCAAGUCAACAAAUCUGGAAGCAAGAAGACCUUAGCCAAGUGCACACCAUCCUCUGCUGGCCUCCCAAACCAACGUGCCUGUUUCUCUUCCUGUGGUGGGAAGAAUGAGCAUUUUACAGAACAAUUAGAAUCUGCCAUGACCAGAUUGGGAGAGCCAGCCCCUAACACAUGUAGGAUAGGACUGAAUUUAUUAAGCAUAGCAUUGUCUCAUGGCCCAAACUGCCCAACGUCAUUUGUUUCCAGAGGCAAGGACCAAGAAUUCUCUUACACUAGUAUCCGUGCUGGUAGAGCAAGUCCCUGCACAGGCCCUGGAAGGGAGCCAUUGCCCAGUGGCCCAUACAUACCUCCACUCCAUCCCCUGCUCGAGCCCAGCACUGCAUGUCCCUCCCAGAAAGUCCAGAAUGCCUGCAAACUGCUGUGAUUUUAUACCAUGUUCUAAUCAAUAAACGGAACUGUUUCUUACACUGUCAA